AUUGUGACUAUUAGUAGGUCUGCAGUUAACAUAUUUGGUUUUAAUGGUAAGAGAAAUUAUGAGAGGGCAUCACAUAGUAAAGCAUUAUGCCAGUAUAUACAGGCUUCUAAAGCCAGGGAUGGUGCCAGCCCUUUCAUUGCCAGUACAACUGAAGGAGAAAAUUUUGAACAGACUCCACUGAGACGAACAUUUAAGUCUAAGGUCCUUGCACGAUAUCCUGAGAAUGUAGAAUGGAAUCCCUUUGACCAAGAUGCAGUGGGAAUGCUAUGCAUGCCCAAGGGGCUGGCAUUCAAGACCCAGGCUGAUCCCAGGGAGCCUCAGUUCCAUGCCUUUAUUAUCACCAGGGAGGAUGGCUCUCGGACAUUUGGGUUUGCCCUCACAUUUUAUGAGGAGGUGACUAGCAAACAGAUCUGCAGUGCAAUGCAGACACUCUACCACAUGCAUAAUGCUGAAUAUGAUGUCCUACAUGCUCACCCUGCUGAUGGCCGAGACCACAGUGGCAUGGAGGAUGGUGAAGGCACUCCUGGAACCAAGUUGCAGCGCUUCAACUCCUACGACAUUAGCCGGGACACGCUCUAUGUCUCUAAGUGCAUCUGCCUCAUCACGCCCAUGUCCUUCAUGAAAGCAUGUCGUAGUGUGCUGGAACAACUUCACCAGGCAGUCACUUCACCUCAGCCCCCUCCACUGCCCCUUGAGAGCUACAUAUACAAUGUACUCUAUGAGGUGCCACUCCCACCUCCUGGCCGGUCCUUGAAGUUUUCUGGAGUCUAUGGGCCAAUAAUUUGCCAGAGACCAAGUACCAAUGAGCUUCCCCUAUUUGACUUUCCUGUCAAAGAGGUCUUUGAACUGCUCGGGGUGGAGAAUGUGUUUCAACUCUUUACUUGUGCUCUUCUGGAGUUUCAAAUCCUGCUCUACUCACAGCAUUACCAGAGACUGAUGACUGUGGCGGAGACAAUUACAGCUCUCAUGUUUCCUUUCCAGUGGCAGCAUGUCUAUGUCCCUAUUCUCCCGGCUUCUCUCCUACAUUUCUUAGAUGCUCCUGUUCCAUACCUGAUGGGCUUACAUUCCAAUGGCUUGGAUGACCGGUCAAAGCUGGAGCUGCCUCAAGAGGCAAACCUCUGUUUUGUGGACAUUGACAACCACUUCAUUGAGCUUCCAGAGGACUUGCCUCAGUUUCCCAACAAAUUGGAGUUUGUCCAGGAAGUCUCUGAGAUUCUCAUGGCCUUUGGCAUUCCGCCUGAAGGGAACCUUCAUUGCAGCGAGAGUGCUUCCAAACUGAAGAGGCUCCGGGCCUCUGAGCUUGUCUCUGACAAGAGGAAUGGUAACAUUGCAGGCUCCCCUUUGCAUUCCUAUGAGCUCCUCAAGGAGAAUGAAACGAUCGCCCGGCUGCAAGCCUUGGUCAAGCGGACUGGUGUGAGCCUGGAAAAGCUGGAAGUGCGAGAAGACCCCAGCAGCAAUAAGGAUUUGAAAGUUCAGUGUGAUGAAGAAGAACUCAGGAUUUACCAGCUAAACAUUCAAAUCCGGGAAGUUUUUGCAAAUCGUUUCACUCAGAUGUUUGCAGAUUAUGAGGUGUUUGUCAUUCAACCCAGCCAGGAUAAGGAGUCCUGGUUUACCAACAGGGAACAAAUGCAAAACUUUGACAAAGCAUCUUUUCUAUCAGAUCAGCCUGAACCCUACCUGCCCUUCCUCUCAAGAUUCCUGGAGACACAGAUGUUUGCAUCUUUCAUUGACAAUAAAAUCAUGUGUCAUGAUGAUGAUGAUAAAGACCCUGUGCUUCGAGUAUUUGAUGCCCGAGUAGACAAGAUCAGGCUGUUGAAUGUUCGGACGCCUACUCUUCGCACAUCCAUGUACCAGAAGUGUACCACUGUGGAUGAAGCAGAGAAAGCAAUUGAGCUACGUCUGGCAAAAAUUGACCACACUGCGGUUCAUCCCCAUUUACUUGACAUGAAGAUUGGACAGGGGAAGUAUGAGCCAGGCUUCUUCCCAAAGCUGCAGUCUGAUGUGCUUUCCAUUGGGCCAGCCAGCAACAAGUGGACAAAAAGGAAUGCCCCUGCCCAGUGGAGGCGGAAAGAUCGGCAGAAGCAGCACACUGAACAUCUGCGUUUAGACAAUGACCAGAGAGAGAAGUACAUCCAGGAAGCCAGGAAUAUGGGCAGCACCAUCCGCCAGCCCAAACUGUCCAACCUCUCCCCAUCAACCAAGAGGAUGCUGGUGGAGAAGAUGGGCAGAGAGGCUGUGGAGCUAGGGCACGGGGAGGUCAACAUCACAGGGGUGGAAGAGAACACCUUGAUUGCCAGCCUUUGUGACCUCCUGGAAAGGAUCUGGAGUCAUGGGCUACAAGUAAAACAGGGGAAAUCAGCCUUGUGGUCCCACCUGUUACAUUAUCAGGAAAACCGACAGAGAAAACUCACAUCAGGAAGUUUCAGUACCUCAGGAAUACUUCUUGAUUCAGAACGGAGGAAAUCUGAUGCCAGCGCAGUCAUGUCUCCCUUGAGAAUCUCCCUCAUUCAGGAUAUGAGGCACAUCCAGAACAUUGGGGAAAUCAAGACUGACGUGGGAAAGGCCAGAGCAUGGGUACGACUGUCCAUGGAAAAAAAGUUACUUUCCAGACACCUGAAGCAGCUUCUCUCAGAUCAUGAGCUCACCAAAAAGCUGUACAAGCGCUAUGCCUUCCUGUGCUGUGACGACGAGAAGGAGCAGUUCCUCUAUCACCUCCUUUCUUUCAAUGCCGUCGAUUACUUUUGCUUCACCAAUGUCUUCACAACUAUCCUGAUCCCCUACCACAUCCUGAUUGUACCGAGCAAGAAGCUGGGGGGCUCCAUGUUCACUGCCAACCCAUGGAUCUGCAUCUCGGGAGAGUUGGGUGAGACACAGAUCCUGCAGAUUCCCAGGAACGUGUUAGAGAUGACCUUUGAGUGCCAGAACUUGGGGAAGCUCACUACUGUGCAGAUAGGCCAUGAUAAUUCUGGGCUGUAUGCCAAAUGGCUGGUGGAGUAUGUGAUGGUCAGGAAUGAGAUCACAGGACAUACCUACAAGUUCCCAUGUGGCCGGUGGUUGGGGAAGGGCAUGGACGAUGGGAGCCUGGAGCGGGUCCUAGUUGGGGAGCUGCUCACAUCCCAGCCUGAGGUGGAUGAGAGGCCAUGCCGGACCCCACCCUUGCAGCAGUCCCCCAGCGUCAUCCGGAGGCUUGUUACCAUCUCACCCAACAACAAGCCCAAGCUGAACACUGGGCAGAUCCAGGAGUCCAUUGGAGAGGCAGUCAAUGGCAUCGUGAAGCACUUCCAUAAGCCGGAGAAAGAGCGAGGCAGUCUGACACUGUUGCUUUGUGGAGAGUGCGGCCUUGUCUCGGCCCUGGAACAGGCUUUCCAGCAUGGAUUUAAAUCACCCCGUCUCUUCAAAAAUGUCUUCAUUUGGGAUUUCCUGGAAAAAGCACAAACGUAUUAUGAAACUUUGGAGCAGAAUGAAGUUGUUCCUGAAGAAAACUGGCAUACAAGGGCUCGGAAUUUCUGCCGAUUUGUCACUGCAAUCAACAAUACUCCCCGGAACAUUGGCAAGGAUGGCAAGUUUCAGAUGCUGGUGUGCUUGGGAGCAAGAGAUCACCUCCUGCACCACUGGAUUGCCUUGCUGGCCGACUGCCCCAUCACCGCACACAUGUAUGAGGAUGUGGCACUGAUCAAAGACCACACACUUGUCAAUUCCUUGAUCCGCGUGCUGCAGACAUUGCAGGAGUUCAACAUCACGCUGGAGACAUCCCUUGUCAAGGGCAUCGACAUCUGACCUCCCAGCACCAGCUAGCAAUAGGACCGAGAAAGACUCACCCUGCAGCUCUGACCCUCUUCCCCAAGGGACUUAAGCAGGUUGUGCAGGAGAUGGAGAGGAAAUGUACACUCACUGUAAAAAGAAAACUAGAGGAUUUUUGGAAUAAAUAAUCUAUUUUAGAGUUUAUUUGCCGAUUUGCUUUUUACACACUUUCAUGUGAAAGAGUGAUAGGGAGAGGGAGACGAGGUUGGUGCCGCUUAUUUUGAAGCUGGUGCCCUCCCUCGCCAUGGCCGCGUGCUGGGAGCCUGCGGCCUCCCUGGACUGAGCCUGGCACCGCAUGCAGGGCAGUUCUACUUUCUUGCCCCACUGCGUUAAUAAGGCCAUUCCACAUUGUUUUUAAACUGAUGUUUUCUAUAUUAACAUUAUUACGGAUAUUUGGCUUUCCUGGGCCACACAUAGGUGUGCUGGGCGGGAAGCCCCAAGCUCCAAUCAAAGGGAUUUUUAGUAGUGCCUCUACAAGCACCGAUGAGUCAGUCCCACAUCUUUUCUUUUUGUGUCAGUAUUAUUUGGGAAGAAGACAUGCUGAGAUGUAUCAUCGUGCAGAAAAUCACGUUUCCUCUUGGCACGCAGUUGCACAGAAGUAAACAUAAGCAUGUUUUAACAGAUUUUCCUUUUUUUUUUUCUCUCCAUAUUAUUUAUUUAACUCUCAUUGUGUGUUUUAAGUCUUUCUUUUUAUUUUUUCUUUUUUUAAGAAAAGGAAAAGCUUGUCACAGUCUAACUGGCUAUGUUAUUAUUGUUAAAUUUAUGUUGUUUUGCAACUUAGAAACCAGCUACAGUAUGGCCCACUUAAUAAAACACCUGAAACAAA